AUGUACUGCAUAUUAACUGCUCCUUUACUCCGUAACCUCGUCACGUUCACUUCUCUUAAAGACCUCAUCAUCGACCGUGUCAUAUUUAUUGAUAUGGUCGAUGGUGCGGUCUUGACUCCACGUUUUAUUGCCCCUGUUCACAUCUUCCUGAGCGUGCAUUCUUUAUCCUUCGUACCGCUCCUCCUCCCACAGCUGUUCAAUGCGUGCAUCAGCGGUGGCGACCGUACUGAGGCGCUGAGCUUUGAUCAGCGGAUCGACUCCCUGGUGUGCAGUGUGACGCAGAUGGUGGUGACCCACGUGAGUCGGGCUCUCCACCCCAACCACCGCCUCGCCUUCACCACCGCCUUGUGCGCCGCCAUCGCUGCCAACGAGGACGUCCUCAAGCCUCCAGUCUGGCGUGCCGUACUCGACCCUACCACUCUGGACGAGCACGCCCUCCUGAAGGCCGUGGUGGCACUGGAAACCGAGUUCGACAACAUAGCCAGUGACCUGCUGCGAGGAGCCCGUCUUCAGCUCAUCCUGCACAGCCUUGUGACGGUAGUAAUGGUCCUGGUAACAUUACAUGUAGUACUGGGAUUAAUACUUACGAAUCCUAUGUCAAAAAUGUUUGAACAGAAGUUGUUUAUAUUUCUUAAACUAUGUGAUGAUGGGGUCAGAUGUUGCAAGGAGGUCACUCACGAUGUUUUCAUAUUUCUUGAAGAUUUUCACUCUUGGGUGUGGGGAAACCGGCGGGCGCCGCCCCUGGAGGUGGUACUGAGCAGUGCAGCGCAGCAGGGCGGCUGGGUCCUGGUGCAGGGUGCCGAGUCCGCCGCCGUCCUGCCCACCCUGCUGGCCGCCAUGACCUACCUGGCCUCCCCGGACGUCAAGGUUCACGAGGACUUCCGGAUGGUAGUGACGGUGGGCGUGGGGAAGGAGACGGCGUCGGACCUGACGCUGCUGGCCCGCCCUCUCUACGGCCCGCCGGCGCCCACCCUGCCCGCCACCCUCGCCUCGCUGGCCGCCCUCAUCAACGGACACAACUACCGCCACCACUAUCUCGGGUCAUCAUGGAGACGGGCUGUAUGGCAGGUGGCGGCCGCUCACACCAUCUGUGCCGUCACUCGUUACUGGCAUGGUCACCCCUCCCCCGUGCCCACACCAUGCCCCCCUACCCUGACGCCCAGGACUCAGGUGGCAGUAACGCGUCCCUCUUCCUCCACCCCGACUCCCCCGCCCACAGGAGGCAAGCAAGAAGUGGAAGUGCUGGGCUGGCUGGGCCUUGACGGACAUCUGAACUUGGAGGAGGUGACGGUUACUUGGGCCUGUCUCGCCAAGCUUUCCCUGGAGCGAUCGCUCGAUGAUGAAACCGUCGUUCAGUUCUUAGGACUGGUGUACGGGCGGCGGGCGUGGUGGGAGGAGUGUGCGCGCACACUGCCGGGCGAGGUGGGCCUGGUGUCCAGGGAGGCGGCUCUCACCAUAGUCUCCGCGCACCUCACCACCUCUCUCCCACACCUACAUAACCUUACGCUGGACGUUGAGUACCGGGCCUUCCAGGAGGACCUCGGUGCCAUCGCUAGUGACAUCUUUCCUCCUCCACCACCCACUGCAGACGAGUGAGCCUCACGCCCCUUCAACCUACCUAGAUGUGAACCUGCAAUAUGUUUCACCUCCACCUGGUUAUACAUCGCCCAGUUUUCGCUAGUCGUCUAGAUGACACAGGACUCACACUUGUGACAUUCUCCUUAUCCUACUCAUCCUUAGGCUCCCAGCGGUAUUAUUUGUUGUUGCCGCCAGAGGCUCCUAGUUUAUUGUUCACCCCAUACUCAUCCUGUGAGCGAUAGCACAAACAGAAUUUCACAGGGCACACAAGGUCUUUAUCGGACCUAAAUUCAGAUUAUUAAAUUAACAAUUCCAGCUAUCCCGUCAACUCAAAUAUUCACAAUAACUUAGUAUGUCACAUAUGCACUUAUUAAUGAGCCAAAUAUUGAGUAUAAGCAAGUGCAAGAACGGGUUGCAGCCGCACACCUUACUGGUGCCAGGUCAUCUCUCCCUCACCUGGUACAGGUUGUCCCCCGUGCUCGCGCCACCCAAGAUGGCUGGUCAUGCCUCACUUCCUUAUCCUUCACCACGAUGACUUCACCCAAUAUAGACGAGCCGCAGCUAUUAUGCUUCCUCUGACUUAAGAAUAAAACGAGAUUUUUUAGUUGAUUUGACUUGAAAAUUGUGUAGGUGAGUGAGUGUUUAUUCCAUACUGACUCGCUCUGCAGCUUGAAUGACUGGUGUACAUUUAAUGUACAAAUAAGUAAUAUUGAAACUUGUGUUUAAAGAAAAGUUUCACAUCACAUGUGAUAUACGAAAUUGUUUAUGCUUUCACCUUGGUGGUUACUAAUUUAUGAGUAUAGAUGAUCAGUAGGUUGAUGCAGUGUGCUGCAUCAGUCCAUGAACUGGUCACCGUCUAGAGUGCCUCACACCGCUGUUUACAAGCAACAUGGUUUCAAGUUUUUAUUGUUGCCGCUGGAGGCGCCUAGUUUAUUGUUCACCCCAUCUUUUCCUGUGAGAGGU